CACUGGAAAGAGCUAAUGGCAAGGAAGGGCUUUGCAAGGGUCCCUGCCCACUGGGUCCUGGGAAGCAGACAACAACACAGUGCAGCCCUCUUGGGGAGAUGGAAAGUUUUGGACAUGGAUUUGACAGAUUCCUAUAAAUCUCUCCCAGCCAGACCUGUUAUGAAACUAGCCUCCAACAGGGUUGCUGAUCAAGCCAUGGGAGCUCAGCCUGAAAACAACAAAGCUCAAGGCAUCAGCAGCAACCCCCAAGGCUCUAGCACCUGUUACCGGAACAUCCUGUGCAAUAUCAAGGUGUUUGUGGUUUGCCAUGGCCUUCUCCAGUUAUCCCAGCUUCUCUACAGCGCCAACUUCAAGAGCAGCCUGUCUACCAUUGAGAAGCGCUUUGGACUCUCCAGUCUCUCUUCUGGCUUAAUCUCCAGCCUACAUGAGGUCGGCAACAUCAUCCUCAUCAUCUUUGUCAGCUACUUUGGCAGCCGAGUUCACCGCCCACGGGUUAUUGGCUUCGGUGGCCUCCUGCUGGCCCUGGGGGCUUUCCUGGUGACCCUUCCACACUUCCUCUCUGAGCCAUACCAGUACAGCAGAAUAGAGAUUGGUAAUAAGAGCCAGGUCCAAGCUGAUUUCUGCCAAAAGGUGGAGAAGCUUCAGACACCUUCAAACAUCACCCAGACAUCCCAGAAAGGGGCCAGUAGUGUAUGGGCAAUAAUGGUUAUAGCUCAGCUACUGGCUGGAAUUGGAACUGUUCCCAUUCAACCUUUUGGGAUCUCCUACGUGGAUGAUUUCGCUGAGGCAAACAACUCUCCCCUGUAUGUUGCAAUCCUGUUUGCCAUUGCCGUGUUCGGCCCAGCUUUUGGAUUCUUGCUGGGGUCCGUCGUGUUGCGGAUGUUUGUGGACAUUGGAAGAGUGGACAUGAGCACUGUGAACCUGAAACCACAGGACCAAGGCUGGAUCGGAGCCUGGUGGCUGGGGCCCCUAAUUUCUUCAAGCUGCUUAUUGAUCACCUCCAUUCCCUACUUCUUCUUUCCCCGCUACAUGUUCAAAGGGCAGGACUCGGGUGCUGAGGCAGACAUGCUGAGGAAGAUGGAGAAAGCCAAGACUGAAGAAGUUUCCUUGGUGGACUUCAUUAAAAAAUUCCCUCGGGUCUUCCUAAAGAUGCUCCUCAACCCCCUCUUCAUCGUACUGGUCCUAGCUCAAUGCAGCUUUUCCUCAGUCAUAGCUGGUCUCUCCACCUUCCUCAGCAAGUUCCUGGAGCAGCAGUAUGGCGCCACCCCUUCCUACGCCAACUUCCUCAUCGGAGCUGUGAACCUGCCAGCAGCGGCACUGGGCAUGCUCUUAGGAGGAAUCGUCAUGAAACGCUUUGGCUUCUCCCUCAAGGCCAUUCCCCGAUUUGCACUGGUGGUGCUCAUCAUCUCCAUUCUUCUCUGCCUCCCGCUGUUCUUCAUGGGCUGCUCUACGCAAACCAUCGCUGGGCUUUACCCAGACCGUACAUUACGUUCCAACUCAAAGGAUCAGUGCCCCCAAAAUAUGAGUGAGCAAAAACAUUUAUUUGACCCAAUCUGUGGAGAAAAUAAUGUGGAGUACCUCUCUGCCUGUGCCGCUGGCUGCACGGGGUCCAUUGUUAAUUCUUCUAUGCCCAAGAGUGUGCUCUAUGUGAACUGCUCCUGCAUCCCCUCCAUGGACGGAGCAUCCUGGGCGAAGCGUGGACACUGUCCGGCAGGGUGCUCUCACUUCCUACUUCCUACUAUUUUCGUCAUCUCGUUUGCUGCACUGAUUGCCAGCCUGUCUCAUAAUCCCCUCUACAUGAUGGUUUUACGGGUGGUGAACCAGGAUGAAAAAUCAUUUGCCAUUGGAGUCCAGUUCUUAUUGAUGAGACUGUUGGCCUGGCUCCCAGCACCAUCCCUGUUUGGUGCCCUCAUUGACUCCACUUGCAUCCUGUGGAUGCCACAAAACAACAAUACAGAAUUCUGUGUGUACUACAACAACGACUUCCUGCGCAACAGAUAUUUGGGCCUCCAGGUGGGAUACAAACUCCUUGGCAUUCUGCUGGUCGUCCUCAUCAGCUGGAGGGUGAAGAAAAGCAAGGAAUAUAAUGUACAGGAGAAGGCAGCUGGUCUGGUUUAGCCCUGCCCCUGUGGACUGACCGGGAGGGCACUCUCCCUAGCCGAUCUGUAUUUACUAUCAGUACUUAGCCUUCUGUUCAUUUUUUAUUGUAAGAGAACAACUCAGUACUAGCAGCUGAGCUCUGCUCGUCUCUGCAAUCUGUUCUGUAACCCAGCUACGCUGACUGGUGAGACUUCUUUGUGCUUCCAAGGAAUGGACAAGGGUAGGGGGCUCUUGGAGGGGGUCACACGACUGCCUUGGGCAGUGGAUCGGGGUUGCGGACCAAGUGCCACCAUGCUGCUGACUCUCCCAAGGAGUGUCAGUGGGGUUUCCCUGGCUUGUGUAAAGGAAAAGAGCCCACAGGCCAGAACCUGUGAAGAGACAGAGCUGGGAUCAGAGGGCCACGUGUUACCUGGCAGAGUGCCAUCUGUCACUGAGAAAAAAGGGACAGUUCUUUCUGUUUCUCAGGGAAGAAAUACAAGAGGGGUCUGAACCAUGGGGAGGGGACAGUGCUUUCUGCAGGGGCCUCUUCUGCCAGCUGAGCCCUUGGACAGCCUCAGGAGCACGUGGCCUCUUGGAAAACUUGGAUGUAUGGGAAUGGCACAGGUGACACAUCCUACUUGGCUUCAAGCUGUUACAGCCACUAAAGCAGUGUGUGUAAGUUUGGGGGCGACUGAUGAGGAGCAGCGCCUGCUGCCCAGCCCUGUCCCACCUCCACGGAAACAUUUGCCCUGCCAGCACACUUGUUACAUAGGAUUGAAGUGAGCUCUCUAUCCCCCGUAGGGCAAGGAAGGCUGGGCUGGGCUGGGCUGGGCUGAGGGGCCAGCGUGGGGAGGGUGACCAGUAUUGGACCAAUAUGAGGAAACUUAUGUUCUCUGUUCAGCGAUCUUUCCCCCUCUGUAUCCUCUCCCCCUUGCGCACACAGGUCACUGUGGACACAGGUAGACUAACUGUAUGAUAUGAAUACCAGUAGUUUAUUAUGAGAUACCUGGUGGGUUUUUUUUUAAAUAAACAUCACUUUUGCAA